GAGAGAGGGGUAAAGGCGCCGUCUUCUUCUUCUUCGCUCUCUGCUGCAGUGUCUGAUUCUCCCUCCACCAUCUUCAUCAACAUCAUCAUCCUCUUCUCCCUCCUCUCUGUCUGUCUGGCCCCCCCUUCUCCUCCUCGCCCUCCUCCUCUUCCACCCCCUCCUCCCCCUCCUGUGAAGGCAUGGCCAGAUAUCACAGCGACAAAAGAGAGAGACAGUGGUAGAGAGACCUUUAGAGAGAAAGAGAGAGAGUGAGAGCGAGGGAAGAAGGCUGCAGACUUUCAGACCUGAGAGGAAGAGGAGAGGAGGAAGAAGAGAUAGAGGAGUCUCCAUCUUCGCCAUUUCAAUCAUGACUCUGGAAGAUGGUGUCUGAGAUUUGAAUUUGAAGUCUAAAGCUACAGGACCAACAGCAGAUACAGAGGUGCCACACUGAGCUACAGCCAGAUGGAGGUGAAUGCAGUUGAAAAACGCCAUCGAACGCGAUCCAAAGGAGUCAGAGCCGCCGUGGAAGCAGUAACACAGGAGUUAUUCAGCUGUCCCACCCCCGGCUGUGAUGGCAGCGGUCAUGUCAGCGGGAAGUACGCCAGACACCGCAGCAUCUACGGCUGCCCGCUGGCCAAGAAGAGGAAGGCUCUGGAAAAACAACCACUGGAACCGGCUGCCAAGAGGAGGCCCUUCCUCACCUCCUGCCCGGGUGAGUUGGAGGAGGAUGCUGGCAGCUAUGGCAGCUAUGGGAACGAAGCCAUGGAGGUGGGGCAGGAGGGGAAGGAGCAAGGGGAGGUAGUUGAAGAGGACGAGGAGGAGGAUGAAGGGGAGAGGGAAAGAGAUGAAGAAGAAGAAGAAGAAGAUGGCGAGGUGGAAGACGAGUUCUCUGAGGACAACGAAGAGCAGGGAGAAGAAGAGGAGGAGGAAGAGGAAGAAGAGGAGAUAGAGGUGGAGAGAACAGAUACAGCAAUGGAGGGUGAGCAGGUGGAGGAAGAGGAAGACGGGAUGGAUGAGGAAGAGGAGGAAGACGGCUAUGACGAGGAGGAGCAAGAUGAUGAGGGAGAGGAAGACGAGGAAGAAGAGGAAGAGGAGGAGCAGCGUCGUCAGCAGGAGAACCACUACAAACCCGGUGGACAAUCAAAGCUCAUUCCAAUUCAGAAGGACGACAACAACAACAACAGCUGUACCAUCAGCGCCGGUAACGGCACCGGAGAGGAGUACGAGAACUACGACGAGCUGGUUGCCAAGUCACUUCUCAACCUUGGCAAGAUCGCCGAGGAUGCUGCCUACCAGGCCAUGACCGAGUCCGAGAUGAACAGCAACUCCUCCAACAGCGCCGGGGAAGACGACGAUGACGAAGAGGACGACGGCAGCGAGCAGGGCGAGAGGAAGGGUGAGCUGAGCGUGGACUUGGACAGCGACGUGGUCAGGGAGACGGUGGACUCCCUGAAGCUUCUGGCGCAGGGUCACGGCGCCAUGCUGCCUGAAGACGGCUACCCCGAAGACACCAUGGUGAACGACGGCAGCCAUACAAACGGGCGGCCCGGCAUGGGAGUCAGGGGUCAGACUGAGGAGAGCGAGGAGGAGGUGUGUCUCAGUAGCCUAGAGUGUCUGAGGAAUCAGUGCUUUGAUUUGGCCCGGAAGCUGAGUGAGACUCAGCCGUCUGAUCGUCCUGUCCACCACGUUCUCCACCACCAACUCCAACAUCCAGCAGACCACCAGGGGGUGCACCACCUGAACAGGUAUGACAGCUGCCAGCAGGGUGCACAAGACGAGCCCCGGUCUCUGGAGCGCAGCUACUCCGACAUGGUGAACUUAAUGAAACUGGAGGAGCAGCUGAGCCCGGCGUCCCGAGGCUACCCGACCAGCUGCAGCCAGGAGGGCGACGAGGACACCACAUCUGUGGCCUCCGACCGCUCGGACGAGACCUUCGACAUGGCCAAGGGAAACCUGUCGCUGCUGGAGAAGGCCAUCGCACUGGAAUCAGAGAGGGCAAAGGUCAUGAGGGACCGGAUGGCCUCGGAGCACGCGAUGCCCCGUCGGGAUCACCACCACCAUCAUCAUCGCGGCCACGGCGAGCACAGCCCAAGGCUGAGUAGCGCUGCAGAGGAGCGCAGGUCCAGGAUGCAGCAGGAUGGGUUGAAGAGGGCGUACUACCCUAAAGACUCUUCCAGGGGAGAGAAGAAGGAGAGCAAGUGUCCGACUCCAGGCUGUGACGGAACCGGUCAUGUGACGGGGCUGUACCCGCAUCACCGCAGCCUUUCUGGGUGUCCCCACAAAGAUCGUGUCCCACCUGAGAUCCUUGCCAUGUAUGAAAAUGUUUUAAAGUGCCCUACUCCUGGCUGCUCUGGACGGGGUCAUGUCAAUAGCAACAGGAACUCGCAUCGCAGUCUGUCCGGCUGUCCCAUCGCUGCUGCAGAGAAGAUGGCGAAGGUCCACGAGAAGACUCACUCAACUGACAGCGGCAGUAAGACCAAUCAGGCGUCAGACCGUGUCCUCAGACCAAUGUGUUUUGUGAAGCAGCUGGAGAUUCCUGAGUAUGGCUACAAAAACAAUGUUCCCACCAGCACGCCACGAUCCAACUUGGCGAAGGAGCUGGAGAAAUACUCCAAGACCAGCUAUGACUAUGGCGGCUAUGAUGCCCAACACGGCAGCUACGGAAAGAGAGGUCUGACGACCAAGUCCCACCACCACGGGCGAGACACCUCCCCGAAGGGAUACGACGCUAAGCGCUACUGUAAGACGUCCAGCCCGGCCAGCAGUACGACCAGCAGCUACGCUCCCAGCAGCAGCAGCAGCCUGAGCUGUGGAGGAGGAGGAGGUGGAGGAGGAGGGGGAGGCGGUGGAGGUGGAAGCAGCGCCAGCAGCACCUGCAGUAAGAGUAGCUUUGACUACACCCACGACAUGGAGGCGGCCCACAUGGCGGCCACGGCCAUCCUUAACUUGUCGACACGGUGCCGGGAGCUCCCGCACGCUCUGGGAGGGAAACCCCAGGACCUGCUGACACAGUAUUCAGAUUCCUUUGCUCUUCAGAGUCCAGUUGGCGAUCUGGAUGACAGCGGGGCGGUGGAUGUGGCUGGUCAGCCAGGCGGCCCCGAGGGCAGCGGGACUGUGUUAACCCCGCUGCAGCCGAUGUCUCCCCAGCGGCAGGCUCUGCUCAGCAGCCGCUGCUACCAGCUGAGCGACACCGACUGCUGGGACCUGCCCGUCGACUGCAACAAGAUCAAACGUCUGGGAGACGAGCAGGACCACAAAGAGUCGGCCUAUUUCUCGUCCUUACACCAGAGCGACGAGCUGGAUCCCUUCCAGGAGCUGCUGGAUGAGCAGCACUACCCGGCCGAGGUGACCAUGCCCAGCCCCAAGCACCACAAAUACCUGCCCUGCAAGGAGAGCAAGAAGGAGCUCAUCACGUUGUCAAGCUGUCAGCUGGCCGACAAGAACAUCCGCGGGAUGAUGACCACUAACUCACAAGAACUCAAGUGUCCAACGCCCGGCUGUGAUGGAUCUGGACACAUCACUGGAAACUAUGCCUCCCACAGGAGUCUGUCCGGUUGUCCACGAGCCAAGAAAAGUGGCAUAAAAAUCCUCCACAGCAAAGAGGACAAAGACGAUCAGGAGCCAAUCAAGUGUCCAGUGCCGGGUUGUGAUGGUCAGGGUCAUGUGACGGGGAAGUAUGCUUCUCAUCGCAGCGCAUCAGGCUGCCCCCUUGCGGCAAAGAGGCAAAAGGACAGCUACGUCAAUGGCUCGCAGUUUGUCUGGAAAUCUGGCAAGACAGAUGGCAUGACCUGCCCGACCCCGGGCUGUGAUGGCUCAGGGCACGUCAGUGGGAGCUUCCUGACCCACCGGAGUCUCUCCGGUUGUCCCCGCGCCACCUCAGCCAUGAAGAAAGCCAGGAUGAGUGGCGUGGAAAUGUUGACAAUCAAACAAAGAGCAAGCAAAGGUAUCGAGAACGAUGAAGAAAUCAAACAGCUGGAUGAAGAAAUCAAAGAUCUGAAUGAGUCCAACAGUCAAGUGGAGUCAGACAUGAUAAAACUGAGGACACAAAUAACCACUAUGGAGACCAACCUGAAGUCCAUCGAGGAGGAGAACAAGGUGAUCGAGCAGCAGAACGACUCCCUGCUGCACGAGCUGGCUAACCUCAGCCAGUCGCUCAUCAACAGCCUAGCUAACAUCCAGCUUCCACACAUGAGACCGCUGCCACAGAAAGAGGCCCCAGUAAAGCAUAACUGCUGUUUACAGAUGCCUCCCAGAGAACCAAUGAAUGAACAGAACUUUGACACUUAUGUGAGUACACUGACAGACAUGUACACCCACCAGGACCAGUACCAGAGCCCGGAGAACAAGGCGCUGCUGGAGAACAUCAAACAGGCCGUGCAGGGCAUCCAGGUUUAACUUUGACUGAGGCCGGAACAACAAAUGCAAAGCAAAAGCAACAAAUGGGGGGAAAAAAGUGGAAAAAGAACGGAGUGGGUUGUUUUUUGCUGCUGUAAUCUAUCAUUAGUUCUUUAAUUUCUUCUGCGGUAAUGCUCUCAACUCCAUGGGUAUCUCUUUUUUUAUUAUGUUGAUUGUUGUUGCCUUGCUUUGAAAAAAAAAGGUUUUAAAUGAACAUUCACGUUUUGUACAUUUUCAUAUGACCUAAUAUAAUGUGAUGUACUGUUUAUAGCUGCUAAUGUAUGCACAUUCGAGUGUAUAUGUAUGUAUUUAUUUAUUGUAAGCUUGAAUCAUUUUUUAUUUUAAUGCGAUUUUUUUCAUACAUCAGAAGAAAAAAAAAUACAAACUGGGCGUCACGGGUUUAACAGGGAGCAGAGCGGCGACUGGAACAUGAAGAGCAACCACUUCUGAAAAGCUUCUCACGAGCUUGGAAGUUGCUCAUUAAUUCUUUUUGUUUUCCUCUUAAUGUCUGGAAGCGGACACUAAUGUAAAUCUUUAGCAAUUAUGAGAAGAAGCGAUGCUAUGAGCAAGAAGAUUUCAAACAUCACGACACGGAAACUUUCUGGUGCAAAAUCCCAUCAUCCCCUUCGGAGUUGUUCCGUUUCAAAGCUGUCCUGUUCCGCGGCCCGCUUUUUCUUUGUUCGUGGGAGGGAGUGCCAGUGGAAAGACCAAUGGCUGCAGAAAAUAUAGGAGACAAUCUGCCAUUGUGAAUUUAUUUGAAAUCAUCAACCUCGACUAGCUAAUAGAACAACGUGUCAGCAAUAUUGGUAUGAUAAUAUUAAAGCGUUUGUUUAGAUAUGGGAUGCAAUCUAUAUGAAAAAAAGUUGUUUGGGUAUAUGCAAUUUCUUAUGAAUAAAACUAGAAAAGAGCUGAUAGAUCUUUUUACUAACUAUAAAUGUAUUGCGUUUUGUAUAAACCUUUUACUACAAUCAUGUUUUAGGAAUCUGACACGGGUGAGAGGACUUUGGUUCUGUCAUGUUCGACUUUGCACAGGGACACCUUUGUUUCCAUGUUUUGAUGUUUUUAUUGCCCGUUAAGAGGCACUUAGCAGGCAAACGGAUCUGUAGAUAUGACUUUUCUUUCUCGAGGCUGACGGCUCCGCUGGACUAACAGGGUCAAAGUUCCCAUCCUUCAUUGUAAAUUGCACUCGUUCUGUAGAAAACGUCUUUCCAGUCAUGCAUCUUGUUGUCUGAGCCACAAUGAGACAUGAUGCCAGACGACGUGAUGACCAAGCACCGCUUUUCUUUUUUUCUUUUUUAAGUCUUUGUAAUUGAAAAAGAUGAAUGAAAACUAGAGCCAGCAGUCGUGACGUCUGUGCACUGAAUUUACCGACUGAGUAUUUGAUCUGAAUCGGCCUUACUGAUGACAUUCGGUCUGAAAUCACAGUACUGAUGGAACAUGUUUUCUCAACACCGUCGAUCAUGCAUGCACUUUAUUGGAGUAUGUUAAAGUAUUAUCACGUGGUAAAUGAAGCAAAAACUGUACAGCGAGUUUGUGGAAACUGACUUUGAUAAGACUUUGCGCUGGAGAUGCCUGUUGGAAAGCAACUUGAAGCAAAUUUCACUGAGUUGAUUUAAUUAAGGGAAAACUCCCCCUGUGGUCUCUCCCCAGUCUCCUUUAUUUCACAGUCCAAGAUUUAGCAGAAGAAAACGUCUUCAUGGUCAAACUUUUGUCUGAAACAUCACAGUUCAGGAUCUCUUCUUUGGUAUGCAGACACAUUCUAAAACGUGUUUGCACUGGAUAAUAAGACAAUAAUCAUUUUUUAAUAUGUCUGCCAUCUUUUCCAAAAUAUGGUGUCAACAGAGUGGAAAACUGUAGUGCCCUUUUAUUUUCUGCAUAGACAUUGUAAGAUGACUCCUGGAUGACUUAACCUCCUGAGACCUGGAAGGAGGGUGCGUGGUUCCAUAAUGAGUUCCAAAAUAUUUGGAUCUUUUAAAGGAAAAAAAUCACAUAUGUUUUCUGUGUGUACAUAAAAACGUGAUUAUAUGUUGUAAGCCGAUUACAACCCCCAAUGUUUCCAGAAGAUUAAUUCAACCGAGUGUAACUUUAGGUUAAUCACUAAUAACACUAACAACAAGUAUAAAUCAAACCUAAUUCUUUAUAGAAACAGAUAACAUGAUGGAAAACUGUGUUUAUGCAAUGCAAAAUGUUUAAACAUUUGCACAUCUGAUGGGCUUCUCUGCAUACGCUGACUGAUAUAUUACUGUAAAGCCACUCUGGACCAAAUUAAGACAUGAAUAGUAUCACUGUAUAUGAUCCAGGAGCCUCGUGAGAAUCUAGGGUGGAAAUGUUUGAGUAUAUUUUUAAAAUAUAUUUGUUUGAAAUUGUAAUACAUGGAUAAAGACAAAUUUUGGAACUUGCACUAUACAGCUUAGUAAUAGCAGUUAGACAGUUAAAGUGAUGAAAAGGUGAAAUUUUCCUCACUUAUACAAGCAUAAAAGUUCAAUUUAAUGUUUUAAAGGAAAGCAAUUUAUUGGAUUGUUUCUAAAUGAUACAUAAUUACACCACCAUAAUUACCAGCAGAAACACUUGAUACAGCUGGUAUCCAUGUGAAAGUUUUUAGACAAGCGGUACUAAUGAAAACUGAUACUUCAAAGUACAGAAAUGUUGAUAAAUCUUUAAUCAGGUGCAGCAGUAUGUGCUGAUAUAUUUAAACCUGCACAAAUAACCAGCUCGUCUAGAUAUGAAUAUAAAUGAGAGGAAAAUAUUUACUUGUGUAAAAAACUACAAAUUGUCUCAUCAUACUAAAAUACAUUUUUUAAUGUAUUUUUUUUGUCCACACAAGGGAGAAACAAACUGCAAAGAGGGGAGUUUUCUUUUAAGACUUCUUUGGACAUUUACUGCAAAGUCUCAUUCCCUGACUUUUACAUCUUCGUCCAGAACUUGGCGUCUGCAGCUUCCUGCCAGUAAACUUCUGCGUUAGAUAGACUGACAGCUUGUAUUUUUUAUUUAGUCAGUUAUUCUUACUGAUAACAAAGGAAAUGGGAGUAAAAGCACAAUUCUGCCAUUUAAAGACAGUCGAUAGACUAGAUAUUGUAAUAACAGAUGUAAAAGCUAAACUGUAACUAUUUACAUAGAGAAUCUCAACACUAACAUGUGACACGCUAGAAUGCAAAAGAAAAUCCAUAUGAAUAUUUGUGAAAUCAUCAAUUUAUGAAGAUGAUCAUUUCUUUUCAGCAGUGCACAGAUAAGGGGUUUUUAUACAACAUUCAUUUUCUCUCCUUUUACCCCUUUUUCUCUGUUACUUGCAAAACUUUCGACAGCAGUUUUCUUACCACAUAGCAUGGGUUUCUGUUGAUAUUUUUGCUGUAUGUUUAAGGUCAUGAGUUGCUAUGUGAUAUUUUAAUUUGACUUGUGAAGUUUGUACAAUUUUUAUCAUGCUGGUGUUGGCAUCUCUUGCUCUGAAUAAAUCUUGUGUUGCAACACUGA